AUGACUACUAAUACUAUGUCAGAAAACUCGCUGCUUAGGCAGGCAAGAGGUACAACUUGUCAACGAUGAAAAAGUGGCUGAAGUUCAUAUUUUGUUCGCUUGUGGGCUAGUCUGCUAAAUCUUUGUCGAAAUACCUAAAAUGUCUGUGACUUUUGCCUUGUAGUUUUUUUAAGUGAUGAUGACUACAUGAAUUUACACUGGCCAAAGCUGGAAAGUGCAAUUUUGUUAAUUUUACGACAGAGUCCUGGGCAAUUUAUACCUAUUUCCUAUGAAGAAAUGUACAGGUAUUUUAUAAUUUUGUUAAUGUUUAUAUGCAACUAAACUAAUUACAGACCUGCCAACCCUUUAUAAAGGAAAAUCUGGAGACUCUCAAAAAAAUCUGGAGAUUCUACAAAAAGUAGUAAGAUUAUAUAUAUAUUUUUCCCAAUCAAUAGUUACCCUUAAUAGUAGCCCUUAGGUACCACUUUUAUUUUCUACAGGAGCCCAUAACUAUGGGCUCCUGUUUUCUAGCACUCCAGUUGACAUGCUUGUCUGAACAAUUACAACCCGAUGUGGGUGCAAGAUGAUAAGAUGUGAUGCCCAAAUGGAGCGAUUUGACUUUUUCUUUGCUUUGCAUCUUGGAGAUCGGCUAUAUUCCCACACCGAUAAUCUAUCUAAGGAUCUUCAGGGUACUAAGAUGGCUGCUGUCAGUGGGCAACACCUGACAAAUGCAACAAAGGAGAUGCUCACAAAAAUUCACACUGAUCAGAGCUUUGACCAUUUCCUGCUAAUGUUGCCCCAAGAGUGAAGGCUUGCUUGGUGAACCAACACUUCCAAGAAAGCGAUGCACUCUGGCCAGACUGGAGGUUGGUGCUGGUGCACCAAGCUACCCCCAAACUGCCAAAGAUCACCUAAGAAGGAUCUAUUAUGAGACUAUUGAUCUUAUCGUCAAGGCUAUUGAUCAGCACGUUAACCACGAAAGCUUCAGCUCCUAUACCGAGAUGGAUACCUUCUUGAUUAAAGCUGCUAAUGGCGACGACUAUGAGGCAGAGUUCAAGUUUCUUGAAGUAUCAUACAGCAAAGAUGUUGAUACAGGGGCACUACCUGGGCAUCCACAUAUUUUGAAAGUUUUAAAGUGAGGAGAAAAUAUCAUGUUUUGACUAAAUCCUGUUGGUGGUGUGAAAGUUUCCAGAACCAGAAGAGAAGCUAAUUCAGGAAUUCAAAACUAUCUGUAAGUUGCUUGCUGUAAACCCUGCUACCCGCACUGCUAGUAAGCGUUCAUUCCCAUCUGUGCGGUGUCUGAAGAUGUGGCUUUGAUCCAGGAUGGGUGACGAAAGGUUUAGCAACCUAGCAGUGUUGAAUGGUGACAAGACAGUGGAAAACAGACAGUGUCUUUAUAGCCAACAUCGCACAGGAGUUUGUUUCCUGCAAUGAGAACCGCAAGAGAAACUUUGGCAUUGUACACAACUUUAAAAAGUAGCAAUCUUUAUAGGAAGGUUUAUUUAACAUAUUGGCUAUAAUGCAUACUACAACCUGUGACAACAUUUAUGUUACAUUUGUUGAGGCUGUAAAUAACAUGGUGGGCAAAUGCAUUAUAAAUGGCGGAGCAAUGAACUUAAUGUUUCUUUGUAUUAGCCAGAUUUGUCUCUGCAAUCCCUGAUAUUAAACAAACCCUUUUUUCCAUUAAGGACAUUAACUGUAUACUGUAUUUAAAUAUUAUCUCGCUUUAUUUGUGUUCCCUCUUUUAACAAGAUACCGUCAUUUCUUUCAUGGCUCUAAGAGGCUGUGAAGAGGUUAUCACUAGGACAAAACUUAUAAAGCAAGGGGUCAUUUCUUCUGUAUAAACCAGCCUUAUGGCCAAAAUGUUAGACAAAGUGCCAUCAAGGCUCAAACAGACACUAACAUUCACCGUUAAAUUUUCACUAUUAUUCAGCAAAGUAGCAUUUCACCUCAGAGUAAUUUUUCUCAAGAAACCAUGGGAUUAGGAGGUUUGUCAUUUGGCUGUGACAAAAUGUAAAAAAUCGUGAGACAAACAGCAGAAUCUUGAGAGUUGGCAGGUCUAUUACAGUGUAGCUUAUAAUGUCUCUCAACCAGUGUUGACAUAAAAUUGUUGAAUAUGCCAAGAUUUGUUUUUUACUUCUAUUUUUGCCUCUAAGCAUGAAAAUAUGCCACCUCUUGACUCUAAGCCAUUUGAUUGAUUUACAGUCGUUUUGCUUAUGUGUUGUUAUAAACCCAACGUCAUGUUUCCUAGCAUAUUAAGUUGUUUUGCUAACACAUUGGUGAAUUCCCUGACUUCUUGAUCAAUGGCUUAAAGAAAGAGAUAUACACAUGUAUAUUGAGACUAACUGUGUUGUGUCUGAAGGAACGAGGUAUAUACAUGUGUAGUGCUUGUAAGCGAAACAACUUAAGAUGUUAGUGACAUUAACAAAACAACCGGUCACCAUUAGGGGGUUAAGAGGUGACUCCUAGGAUCGACACAGAGGCCCCAUCUAUUCACAGAAAAAAAUGGUUUUUCAGUGAAACCAAAUAUCCUUAGUAUUUCAUUUUAUUUUGGUUACCAACACUUUGUUUGAUCAGUGAAAAAUGUGGGAAAAUAAAGGGGAUCAUCAUCAUUGCUUUCUUUCCUGGUGGCUCAAAACUCUUUGAAAUACAUGGAGGUCCCUGUACUCCCCCUAUGAGAGGGAUGUAGCUCCCUUCCCAUACCUACUUCUAUACACCAUUUUGCCAUGUGAAAGACACUGCUUUUGAUCUAAACAGUUGCCGAAAACCCUGGACUCUCUUCACUAAUAUGUAAGAGAUUUGUUUGUGUGUUUCAAAAAGCAGAUGUUGUGCAAAAUUGUUGCAGUUUAAAAGAAUAUGUAUAAAUAUUUGUGUAAACAGCAAAACCAGAUCUAAGAGAAGCAAGAACUUAAAGGUUUACCUGUUAAAAACACUUUUCUUCUUUCUCCUCUCUUUUCUAACUUUUUUUAGCACUGUUUAUAAAUGUGUAUGCCAGCAGUAUGCCGACAGGAUGUACAGCAACCUUAUUGAACUUGUAGCUACCUAUCUUAGACGUGUUUCUAUGGAGCUUCAGGUGAGUAAAGUUGGACCAUAUCAAAGCACUGGUAUUGCCCCUUGGUCUAAUAGUAAGCCUAAAUGUUCAGACUGAGAUGGACUUUGGGAAAGUUUGGAUUAAAUUCCAAUAGUACUACCACUUAUUGGGGACCCAUGCAGAGAACCAGGUGACUCACCCCAUAAUUAGGAGACUUUAAAACCUUAAAAGUCCCAAGAAUGACCAACAUCAAGGUUACGAGAAAAAAUAAUAAAUGAUCACUUAAGGAAAUAUGCCUUGAUCUUUUAACAAAUUCUCUCAACCAAUUUUUCAAGUGUGGAGAAUUGGUAUGUUGAUCUUGGGGCUUAAAUGGCUAUAUAAUCUAGGAUUGCUGGGAUAUGUGGUUUUAGAUGUGACUGUGAUGUGAUUUCCCGUACAUUAACUUUUGCAUCAUUUCUUCUUUGUUGAUUUUUUUUAAGGAAACCCCUAAAGAAGCAUAUCUAGAAAAGUUUCAUUUUGUGAUGGAACAGUUUUUUCAAGCUGUCAGUGGCAUAGUUGCCAUCUUCAGUUACAUGGUAAGAUUUUAACUACUUCUUUUAUGUUUCACCAAUGUACAACAUACCUUAACCUUGAGAGACUGAGUAUAUAUACAUAGAUUACUAAAAAGAAAAAUUAGUUUGGUUCAAGACAUGGCAAAAUUUUGAAGGUACAGUUGAGUAAAAAGCCAGCUUGACUAAAAAAGAGCCUACUUAGCUUUUCCUUAGCUACAUCCUUACAGCUCUCCCUUGCAAACAAGACAAUUCUGGUUUUUGGUGUAGAUUUUGAAUUUCAUGCUUGUCAAGAUAUAUUUUUUUGCUUAGAAGACAUCUUUGUGUAUUUUAGUGACAUUAUUUUAAAGAUCCAAUAAGUACUAAUCCUGCUUUUACACCUUAGAACCGUUUCUACGUCACAACAAAGCUUCAAACUGAUUUGAAGACUGAAUUGGGGAAACUCUUCACAACUCUUGUUGCUGACAAUGACUCUCUUUUCAGUAAGUACAUUCAAGCUGUUAAAUAUUAAAAUUAUUAUAUAGAUUGAUUUGCUUCUAAGGAUUAUAAAGAAGCAAAAUGAUUAAGCUUGAGCUUUUAUUUUAAGUUUUUUCCUCCCCAUUCUUUUCGUAUCCUAAUCCGUUUUUUUCUUGUUUGUUGGAAGUUUAUCAGACUCUGUCAUAAGAAAUGUUUUAACAAAACCUGCGGUGUAAACUUCAUAACUGGAGGCCAUGAGCAGAGAUACCAGGUUUUUCUUGCUGGUCAAAUUACCUUUUUUGGGUGGGAGUCUAGUUAUUCAUAGCAUUGUCUUUGACCUUGCUACAACCAGAUGAAACAGUCUACGUCCAAUCGAGCACAUCAGAUCAAUUAUUAAUUAUUAAAGAGAACAUUGGAAGCCUGAUUUUUUUGCUUUUUUUGAAGCUAUUAUUUUGAUCAUAAUAAAAAGUCAACUCUCUCUUCAUGGACAUCUCUAUAAGAUGGACACCUCUGUAAAAUGGACACCUAGAGAUGGUGCCUGCCUUUCUUUACUCCCUUGUUUUGACUCCCGUUAAGACGGGCAUUUCUCUAAGACGGACACAUAGUAUCGCUCCUUAAGGUGUCUGUCUUAGAGAGAGUUGACAGUAAGUUCAAGGGUCACAUGCAUGAUUGUCAUAGCUGUAUUGUCUAUAAUUAUGUUGCAGCUGUUAUUGAAGAGGUGUCAUCCAAACCAUUUGGUGCUGAUCCUCAGGUUAUGAUGUCCAUUGUUAAAGGACUCUACUCACUCAAACCAGGUGAUGUACAAAUCAUUAAUAAAUUAAUAAACAAUUAAUAAGAUAUCAAAAGGGUGGUUUUUGGCUACUGCACUUAGCACUGUAGUAAGAAUCCUCGAUUCAUGUUGCAGCAGAAAUACCACGGAAAAAUGCCUUAAAUGAAAUAAACCACGUGCAUUCAUUGCCUGCUUGUCCCAAUGAAAUUGGAAUUUUUGGAAAUGUUGGUUUUAGGGAGGGAGGGGAACGAGAGAACGAAGAGAAAAACCCUUGUACAAGACUGAGCACCAACAACAAACUCAACUCACAAAUGAACAGUGGUUCCAAGAAUCGUACCCGUACUAUGUUCAUAGAACUGACAGGUAAUUAAGCUGCGGCAUGUUGCCCCAACAACCAAAUAAAUAUCAAACCAUUUAGCCUGAAAAGUGCUUAAAAGGAAUCUUCAAGAAAUUACCAAACUUCAGUUUCUAACAAAUUGCAAAGAAGUAGUACCAUAUAAAAGUACUUCUGAAGAGGCUUCAUUUGAAUGGUCACAACCUAGUAUUCCGUCACAGAUUCAAAAGUGAAGUUCAAAAUUGCAUGUCUUGGUAUUACAACUGUUUCCACGUUCAUCUGCUCACUGGCACAACCAUGCACCGUUGCAGCUUACAUGUAUUCAUUUCCUCCUCUUGAAGGAGAGAAACCAAAAUUUAUUUUGUUUUGUUUUGCUUUCAGAGUUUUCAUCACGUAAUCCUGUCUUAUUUGCACGAUUUAUUCCCAAUCUUUUGCCACCAACGCAGUGUGAACAACUGCCAUCUCUAAUUCAAGAAGACCGUAUGUUACAAGAAGACCUAGUAACUAGUCAAGGUUUCUCAAGGUAAGAGACAUGCGGUUUUUCAGGUUGCCUUUGUUUGUUCUGCCAAGCACAGGACUACCAAUACUUUUCUUGAGGAGCGAGGGGGGAUAAAGUGGGGGGGGGGGGGGUUACUCCUGGGAAUUGUUGGUGGGGGUGUGCCACCCGGUUCUCCAAAUCCUGACCCUAUUUGAGACCAAAAAAUGGCAUUUUCCACACCCGUUUUCAGACCUGGCAUACGCAAAAAUUAUGUUAACAUUACUUAAAUUAGAACACCAACAAAAAGAUUUCUCAAAAUCCAUUUCGAAUUGUCAUUCGCCUAUUACCUUUUCUUUCUUAUUCAUUUACAAUUAAAACGACAAAUACUUUCAUACGUUCAUACACUCCCAUAGCUUCCUAGAAACCUAUACCCGACUCCAGACCAAAAUGGGCAAAGUCUGUACGGCGCAAAAAGGAGAGUGGGUGGGGGAAGGGGAAAGGGAGAAAAGCGCCAAAGGGACCCGCUCUCCCCACCCGCCCCCAUUCCCCUUCCCACCAAUCCCCUGCCCCCUUUCGACUUCCGCUAGGCAGGCUACGGAGAUAUAUACGUUUUUAAAGAUACCGUAAAAUUCCGAAAAUACGCCCCUCCAAAUAUACGCCCCUCCAAAAAUAAUCCCCUCAAAAAGGACCUUUGAAAAAUAUAAGCCACGAGGCUUAUUUUCGGAAUUUUACGGUAUUUAGUAUAAUUGUGUAUAAUAUAUUAAUUUUGACAUGUUUUGAGAUUGUAUUGGUAAAGGGAAUGUACUAGGGAAGAAUGAGUGUUUAAAUAUCAUAUCAAAAUUAUAAAUGUGACUUUUUUUCUUUUACAGGGAUGAUACCGGAAAGAAAAGAAGAGGUGACGAUUUUCAUGGCAGAUAAAAGAGGGAAAGAAAUGAACAAAGUGAAAUUAUGAUCAAAAUUGGAUACUGUAUAUACACUGAAAUAUGUACUCCUGUACGUGAAAGCCGGGACAACUCAUGAGGCGAAAAAAGAUGGAUGAAAUCAUCCAAACAUUGUAGUAGAUAGUAGUUUUUCACUAUUGAAGUAUGGUUCACAAUUUCUUUGUACCUGAAUGACAAACUGGUUGUUUUUACUAAAUUUCAUCCGAUUUUCAUUCCCAGUUGAAUGAAAAUUCCAUUCGUGAAGUUAGUUUCCAGUUCUACAAUCCCAGUUGUAGUACAGACAUCACUGCUGUCAAAGAUCUAUUAUGAAGUGGGCGAGGUAGGUCGUUUGUUCCUUGGACUAACGCCCUGGAGCCAUAAAGAGAAGCAAGUCAAACAAGUUGCUCUUCUCUUCUCAAGUCGCAAAGAAGGCUUCGGGAAUGACUCUUAGCACAUGAGACUAAUGCGCGUCUCUUAGACCGCCUUGCGUUGAGUCUCACAGAAAAGAUUACCUUGUUCCUAAUCCUCACGAGCUUAAACCCUAGGGCUAAGAAGUUGCAUUGGCGUUAUUCUAUAGAGAUCUAUCAGCGUGGAAGCAGCGAAAAGGAUAUUAGAAGUACGAAGAGGGUGCAGUUCCCGUCGUGGUUUCUAAGGCUAAUUUUGGUGAUUGACCUAAUGAAAUCAGUGUUAAAAUUUUUUUUGUUAUUCACGAAUCUGUUGAAACAUGUUCACUGGCGUUUGCUUGAAAACUGUGAGUACUUUGAACGACGUACCUAGAUGGGUUGAAGGGUAAAAAAAGAAAACUGAAUUGCACUCUUCUUUAUAAAACAUUUUAUUUCUAGCCGAGGCUUAGCGAGGACUGAAUUUUCUGGAAUUUUUUGGACGAUUUAAGCCUCAAAACGUUCUUUAUAUGUUCUUACAACAUGUGGAAGUACAUGGAUAGAAAUCUGCAUUGUUCUAGUCACGAUAUGUUGCUAUUUGUCAUUAUUUUAGUUGACCAUGCAUUGAGUUCAGCUGGACUUAAUAGUGAUUCUUUUAGAACACUGCAGACCGAAACGUUCCGUGUGAUAAUUUCUUUACGUCGCUCGUGUGAAACAGGUGGUAUGAAAUGUUCUUGGGAAAAUUUUUACAUGAGUUCUGUUUGGUUUUAGGUUUUUCUUCGUUUUCUG